AUGCUUCCCACAUCCACCGACAACGCAACCUCACAAGGCAUUCACGUAACGAGGUCACGACCGCCCCCGCCGACAUGGAAGAACCUCCCCAACAAGGGCCAACUGGCCAUCCUGGCCCUCUCGCGAUUCGUCGAUUUUUUCCAGAUGGCUGCCCUGCAGACGUUCAUGGUCCAUCAACUGCGAAGCUUCGAUCCUGACUUGACAGACGUCGAUAUCUCACAUCAGGCCGGUGUGCUGCAAGGUGCCUUCACCGCUGCGCAAAUCAUCACGAGUAUAUUAUGGGGACGGGCGGCGGAUCAGCCAAUGCUGGGGAGAAAGACGGUGCUGAACAUUGGACUGGUGGGGACGGGGAUUGGAUGUAUAGGAGUGGGAUUCAGCAAGAGCUAUGGACAAGCUGUGUUCUGGAGGUUGAUGAGCGGGGCGAUCAAUGGGACUGUAGGAUCGGCGAGGACAAUGGUUGCUGAGAUCACACCCAAGCCCUGGCAUCCUCGUGCGUUUCUGCUUCUGCCAGCAGCUUUCAAUGUUGCAAAUGUUGCAGGACCGAUUCUUGCGGGAUUGUUCGCCGAUCCGACCGUCAACCUGCCGAAGCUUUUUGGGCCGAACAGCACAUUUGGAGGGCCGGACGGUGUGCAGUGGAUGAGGGAGUAUCCUUAUGCGGUUGCCAAUCUCAUGAGUACGACACUGCUUUUCGCGGAGGCGAUUCUGGUGCAUUUUGGGCUGCAAGAGACGUUGAAAGGGAAGAAGCCGCUGGAUAUUUCCAAAUUUGAUCCGGUUGCGUUGGUGCGGUCAGCGUAUGAGAGUGCACAACGGAUGAGGAAUCAGGGAUACAGGAUGCUGCAGGAGACGCAGCGAGAGGGGCUGCUGUCUGGCGACACGAGAGGGUCUGUGGAGAUGGACAGACUGACGGCGAGCGGAGAAAGGGAAGCACAGAGACCGGUGCAAAGGUUGGCCUUUCGACGCAUUUGGACGCCCAACGUUCUGUGGACACUGCUCAGCAUCGCCAUCUUUGACUUCCACAUGGGUGCGUUUGCGAACUUGUGGAUCUUGUUUCUGGCGACGCCACGAGAGUUCACGGGUGGUGACAACUCAGCGCGUGAAGACACCUCUUUACAAGCGAGGAGCAUGUUCAAGUUUUCUUCAGGACUGGGAUUCCCGCCGCCUACGAUCGGAUUCGCCAUGGCCAUCAUCGGAUUCAUCGGCGUGGCGCUGCAAUUCCUGCUCUACCCCUGGGCGAACGGCCGCUUCGGCCUGAUGAGAUGUUUCCGCGGCUCGCUCUUCCUCUUCCCGGCAGCAUACUACCUAGCACCCUACCUCGCGCUCCUCCCAUCAACCUCUCCACCACCCAACCCCGCCAGCGGCGCCAUCAUCUGGAUCGGCAUCUCCUUCGUCCUCUUCCUCCAAGUCGCCGCCCGAACUUUCGCCCUCCCCGCCUCCAUCAUCCUCCUCAACAACAGCUCGCCCCACCCCAGCGUCCUCGCGACAAUCCACGGCAUCGGCAAUGCCUGCUCAGCCACCUUCCGCACUAUCGGCCCUGUGUUGGCAGGGUACUGGUUCGGAAUCUGGACCGAGCGAGGAAUCGUCGGAAUGGCGUGGUGGAUUGUAGCGACGUUGGCGUCGGUGGGUUGUGUGGCGAGUUUUAAGGUGCGGAAUGGGAGUGGGCAUGAGAUUUUCUUGCCCGGGGAGGAGGGCGAGACGAAAGAAGGGGAGGCCGGGGGUGGGAGUGGAGAUGGGAGGUGA